AGCGCAGCCUGUUUUGCCGCUGUCAAGCGUGUGAGCAAAACAAAUCAAUGUGCGAACCGAAGUAACCAGGGAAAUCUAGUCUGCAGAACCGUGCACAAAAUACAAAAUUUUUAACUGCAAUUCCUUUUUCGUAAUGCUUUCGGUGUCCCGCAUUGCGGUCGGGAACGUGCGCUGCGUACAUCCGAGCUUUGUACGCGUGAGAAAACACGUUCCCGCUGGAGGCUUCACCCAAACGUUCGGCAGUCGACGAUGGAUAUCCAUCAAGGUAAAUCAAAGCCUGCUGGCGAAAGAGUCCACAUUGAGCCGACGGAGAAGGCAAAGCCCGACAGAACGCAAAGCGGAAUCGAAUGAUCCGUGCAGUUGUGAUGAAGACGAACCGAACGGUCCAAAUUCUAGUACCAUUGUUACACCAUGUGACGAAAAGCGUCGUAUCCCUAUGAUGGGCGAGUUGAUACAAUUUCCGAACGAUCCCAGUCCGUAUCCGGCCCCUCCAAGACGACACAUUCCUAUAAAUCGAUUUUUUCAGCCGAAACCGGUCGAAACAAUCCCCGAUCCUGUUUUAGUUUCUUGCGAAAAGUGCGAAAGUAAUGAAGAUCACGUAGAUGAUGUUCAGGAGGAAACAGAACAAAAAGCUGUUGCGAGUGCGGGUGGUCCCACAUGUCCGCCACCUCCGCCUCCACCGACUCCGAAACAAUCCUACACGGGAUAUAUACUCGGUGCCAUCGCUCUCACGGCAGGUGGUCUGGGACUUGCGUACUAUAAUGGGCUGUUUGAUGGACCAUCGCCCCCAACGCCGAUAGACGAAACAAAGGAAGAUCCGAGGCGAAAGAAGCAAACUUAUCCGGCUUCCGCAAAAGAUCUUCCAAAACACGUUCCUUACUUGCUGAUCGGUGGUGGAACCGCGAGUAUCGCAGCUUUUCGAUCGAUCCGGGGCCAUGAUCCCAAAGCGAAAGUGAUGAUGAUCACAAACGAGCUCGAAAUGCCGUACAUGAGGCCACCGCUUUCGAAGGAGCUGUGGUUUAAUCCGAUUGAAACGGAACCACUAAAGUUUCGACAGUGGAACGGCAGCGAGCGAAGUAUCUUCUACGAAUCGAACGAUUACUAUAUCGAUCCGAGUAAACUCAGCGAAGCACCGAAUGGUGGAGUGGCCGUAGCUCGCGGCUAUGAGGUGCACCGGUUGGAUAUGGUAAACCGGAAAGCUAUCCUUACGGACGGUACGGAAAUAUCGUACGAUAAGUGUCUGAUCGCGACUGGUGCUCGGCCGAAAAAUUUGCCCAUCUUUGAAUCGGCUCCACGAGCAGUUCGGGAGCGCGUGACUCUGUUCAAGAGUGUGCACGAUUUCGAGCAACUGUCGGCAAAGCUAGAGGAUGGCUGCCGGGUAGCUAUUGUUGGCGGAGGGUUCCUUGGCAGUGAGCUAGCGUGUGCACUUUCCAAGUCGGAACAAACGCGUAAGAAAAAGGUGGAAGUGUUUCAGCUGUUUCACGAAGCUGGCAAUAUGGCAAAGAUUCUGCCAGAAUAUCUAAGUAGCUGGACGACGGAGCGGUUACGCGAGGAAGGUGUAAAGGUGUGGCCAAAGACACAGAUUAAGGCAGUCGAAAUGCAGGGCUCGAAACUUAAGCUAACGCUAAUGGACGACAGCGUGCUGCUGGUGGACCGGGUGAUAGUGGCGGUCGGUUCGGAACCGAAUACGGAUCUUGCGAAAACUUCCGGACUCGAGGUGGACAGUAAGAAUGGAGGAUUUUUGGUCGAUGCUGAGUUAAGAGCAAGGUCGAACGUGUUUGUGGCCGGGGAUGCGGCUUGCUUCUACGACACAAAGUUCGGACGCAGGAGAGUUGAACAUCACGAUCAUGCGAUUGUGUCUGGGCGAUUGGCCGGAGAAAACAUGGUUGGACUGAAUAAACCUUACACACAUCAGAGUAUGUUCUGGUCCGAUCUUGGGCCACGCAUUAGCUACGAAGCGAUCGGUCUCAUCGAUUCUGCACUGCCCACUGUAGCUGUGUUCGCUAAGCGUACAGCAGAAGAGAUAUCCCGAGCAGUUGCGGCAGUCACCGCUGGUAGUAACGAUUCUGAGAAGCUGCAGGCAGCAAACGCUAACGUUAGCGUUGAUGUUAAACCCGUGGCUGUUGCAGGAGAGCAAAAGCAGGUCGAACCAGCGAAGGAGCAAAGUAAGGAACAGCAGGAACCGGAGGAUAGUUUCGAUAAGGGUGUCAUAUUUUAUCUACGCGAAAAGAAAGUCGUCGGUUUGGUGCUAUGGAACGUGUUUAAUCGUAUGGGAACGGCCAGAAAAAUUCUGGACCAGCACAGUGAGUAUGACGACCUGAAUGAAGUUGCAAAGCUGUUCAACCUUCACGAACGACCCGCGGAAGAUGAGGAAAUCGAGGCAGAAUAGUGUUCAUAGUCAUGGCAUGGUGUAGCAAAUUGUUGAAAAGCGCACAUAAAUCGUUGCUAGUGGCUUUGGUGGCGGAGUAUUGCUGAAAACGAACAGUAGAGAACAAGCAUUUUGCAAUAAUAUUGUAUGGUUAAGCUAAAAAUACAAAUUUCCGUGUCAAGAAAUAGCGUAAAACCUA